AUGGCUGGCCCCGAAGCCCCAGCUGCACAGAUCGCUCAGGCGAUAGUUGACUUUGCCGUUAAUGGCGCCUUUCCCGAAGAUCGUGUAUCCUCCCUAGCCAUCGAUUCCAGUACCUCGCCAGAAGCCAUCAAGGCCCUCGCGGACGCCAAAGCCAAGCUACAGGCCGAAAUCCGAACGAUAAACGAAGAAACAGCCGACGAUGUGAAGGCAUGGCAAGAAAACGCGCAAGCCGUUCAAGACGACAUCCUUCGAUCCAAAGCACUCGCCAGCGAGAUCCUCAAAGCGUCAGAAGCUCCAGAGGUGUCUGGCACCAUUAUACACGAUGCCGAAACGAAGGCAGACUUCUUGAUUCGCGAGCUGAGCUAUAAUGCCCAGGUUUACGAGGCUCUGAAACGCAUCAAAACCGUGAAUCAGACGCUAGAUGAGGUUGAGAAGGCCCGCGACGAGCGCCGCAUUUUGGAUGCCCUUCUGCUGCUAGAACGGUCGUGGAAAGAGAUGGACGCGGUGCCGGUCAGCAAGUCCUGCCGUGUUCUCAGGCUCCUCGAUGUCAGAGCGUUCGAGCUAAAGUCCGAUGUACAUGGUGUCUUCGAUAGAGUCUGGGAUGCCUUGAUUCACGUCGAUAUCAAGCAGCAUCGGGUGUCCAUCUUUCGUGCUCUGGAAGGUGAGGCCAUGAACCUGGAAGACGCAGUGGUUGGUUUGAAAGCAUACAAGGAAGUCGAUCAGCGUAUGAGCCGCCUGUGUCACGACAUAGAUCAGGCUAUCCUCCAUCCGAGGAUGGAUAUUUCUAGGGGCCAGCUCCCGACAGUCCAUGUACAGGAGGGAACAUUACAAUUACAAGGCGUGACAGACAAGUCCGCCAAGUCUCUGUUCACAGACCUUGACCGUAUUUUCUCAUUUUUGGUCCAAAGUCUACCAGCAGAGCUCGUGGAGACGGUUUCAUCUACGCUGAUACCAGAAACGGUCCAGAGAAUAACCACAGUUUGGCUUGACUCAGUGGUUCCUUCUUCGCUUAAGGAUAUGGACCAGUUCCAAAGUGUGAUUGCUGAUACCAAGGACUUUUGCAAUCGCUUGAAGGCCCUCGGCUUCACAAACCUCGGACCCCUGCAAGAUUGGACAGAAAGUGCGCCUAGGGUUUGGCUUUCUAAGUGCAGGGAGGCCGCCCUGGAUGCAGUCCGCAAAAAGCUCGCUAAUGGUCUCGGCGAGUCCAAACGGGUGGAAAAAUUAGAGAAAGAAGUAGUAUCGGUCCAAGAUGGCAAGCAGCUCGUUGCGAAUGGUGCAGUCUCCGAGGAAGAUCACGAAUGGAGCGCAUGGGAUGAUGGCGGUGAUGCAGCAGAACCUAGGUCAUCUGCCGAAGAGUCAGCAUCAAAACCCCAAGAACAGGGCGCAGAUGAUAUUGUUGAUGCCUGGGGCUGGGGCGAUGAUGGUGCAGAAGAGCCGACAGAAGAGAAGCCCCAAGAGUCCAAGGAAAGCAAGGGUGAGGAGGACGACGUUGUGGAAGCUUGGGGUUGGGGUGAUGAGACUGGAAACGAUGAUGAUGAAGCUAAUCAGCUACAAGACCAGCCUCCAGCAGCUCAGACAGGGCAAAAAACCCGGGAGCUGGUGCUCAAAGAGCUGUACUCAAUUUCGUCUCUACCACAGCAGGUUCUGGACCUGAUAUCUUCUGUGGUUGAGGAUGCUGCUGCUCUCACUCAGGAGACUUUUGCAAACAGUCAUGUCGCGUCAGUGGCAGCAGGGCUGUUUGGUGUUCCGACACUUGUUCUCGCCAUGUUUCGGGCAGUUGCCCCUUACCAUUAUUCUUCACAGGUCGGAGGAAAUAUGUACCUCUACAACGAUGCAAACUACUUGGCUGAGAAGCUGGCUGAGUUUGCGGCCUCCUGGAAGAAGCGUGACGACAUCAGCCCCAACGCUCAGAACAUGCUCCGUCUGGACCAGGACAUUAAGUCGCUCCAAAAUUUUGCUUCUCGUGCUUACACCAACGAGCUGACCCUCCAGAAAACUGUCCUGCGGGAUCUCCUCGGAGGCGAGCAAAACCUCCUUCAACAACAACCACCAGGUUCCUUUACCAACACUACCACCGCAUCUCCCACCGCCGUGACCGCCGCUGUCGCCCACAUUAAUACCCUCGCUGCCUCCUGGGAGCCUAUUCUCGCUCGCUCUGUCUGGCAGCAAGCUGUCGGCGCCCUCGCUGAUGCUGCCGCUUCCAAGCUCGUCGCUGACGUCAUGGACCUGACAUCUAUCAGCCAGGAUGAGGCCUACCGUAUUGCUGGACUGAUCUCGGAAGUUGAAAAGAUCGAUGAGCUGUUCUUGCCCAGCAGGAUGUACGGUAGCUCGGCGCGUAAAGGAGGAGAGGAGGAAGUGCCCUUGACGGCGCAAUUUGCUCCAGGUUCGUGGCUGAGGCUGAAGUACCUUAGUGAGGUGCUACAGAGUAAUUUGAGGGAUGUGAGGUUCUUGUGGAUGGAGGGGGAGUUGAGCCUGUACUUCGAUGCUGAGGAGGUGGUAGAGCUGAUCAAGGCGAGCUUUGAGGAUAAUCCGCGGACGAGGGAAGUGCUGAGGGAGAUCAGGGCAAACCCUAGGCCCAGGGGGUGA